UCGAUCAAUCAUUCACGUCGGAUCCGCGGAUGGCGGCUCGUUGCCGUUUUAUUUUUGUAACAAAGAACUAUUGAAAACAUGAAAAUCUUGACUUAAAACUAAGAUAGGUUAAGUGAAGUUUAUUUCAUUAGUGCACUAACAGUUAAUUCUAGCGACCGAUCGUGCAGUAUUCCACUCAUUUCCUUCGGGUCGAAUUCGUUAUCGACCUCGUUCGCAAGUGUUUAUGUUUAGUAAACGGGUACUCGGCGUUUGUUUUGCAAACAAAUAGUUUACCCUCCGAAUCAUAAAUAGUGGGUGCAGUUCUCGCGGUCAAGUUCGUGAUGUGGUUGUCGUUUUGAGUGAUGAAGGUGAGCAUGUUUCUGUGGGCGGCGCUGGUGCUGGCGGCGGGCCGGGGCGCGGCCGCCGAGUCCUUCCUGAGCAACAUCAGCCGCAACCUGCGCUCGGAGCUGUCGGGCGUCAUGGAGAUGGCCACCGUGAGCUACUCGGAGCCCGCCAUCAACACCACCUACGUGGCCACGGUGGAGUUCGACAUGCGCGCCAUGGGCUCGCUGUACAACUCCACGCACCUCGUCAUCGACUUCAUCGCCAACAAGCAGGCCUACCCUGAAGGAUUCGUGUCGAUCUCGGACGGGAACGUGGAGGUGGAGUCGCCGCGGCGCGAGUGGCGCGCGUUGGCCGCGCACUACGCCGGGCCGCUGGCCGUGCUGGUGCUGGCGGCGCUGCUGGUGGCCGCGCUGCCGCUCGCUGGGCUGUUCUGGUGCUGCUGCUACUGGUGCCGCUCGGGGCGGCGGCGGCGCGCCUUCGACCGCAAGUACGACGCCUGCCUCAAGGGCAUCCUCGCCAUCGUGCUCAUCGGCCUGCUCACGCUCUUCCUAUUCGGCGUGGUGUGCGCGUUCGCGACGGACUCGCAGCUGGAGACGAGCGCGGGCGAGGCGCCGGGCUCGCUGCGGGCGGGGCUGCGGGACACGCGCGCCUUCCUCAACGCCACGCAGGCCCACGCGCGCUGGCUGCUCGUCACCAACUACCAGGAGCUCGAGCACAAGCUCAACGGGCUGCUGGCCAGUACAGGCAUGACGGUGUCGGUGCAGCUGGGCGAGUUCUCGCGCGCGGUGUCGGUGACGACGCUGAACACCAUGGUGCAGCGGCUGGACGGCGUGGCGGCCGACCUGCGCGCCGUGCGCCGCCUCACGCUGCGGCUGCGCGCGCACGCCGACCAGCUCAACUCGGGGCUGCGCAAGGUGAAGGGCCAACUGCUGGCGACGCUGGCGCAGUGCUCGCAGCCGCCGUGCGUGCGCCUGCAGGAGAAGUACAAGCUGGGCCAGCUCGACACCGAGAUCCAGUACAACCAGAUGCCGGACGUGUCGGAGCUGUUGAACAACGUGACGGCGCUUCUGGACGCGCGGAUCCAGGAGGACGUGGCGGACGGCCAGCGCGUGUUCAAGGACAUCCAGCGCGCCGUGCGCCGCGAGCUGGAGCAGCACAUCCCCGACGUGCAGGCCGAGCUCGCCAGCACCGGUCGUCGUCUCCACGGGGUGGCGGAUGAGAUCACGUCCCUGGCGGGUAACGCAAGCCUGCGGCUUCAACAGCGCGAGGACGUGGCGGACGAGCUGCAGAAGCUGCACCAGCGCUACGGGCCCUACCGCCGCUACCUCGGGCUCGCCACCGCCACCGCGCUGCUCAUGAUCACGGUGCUACUAGCGCUGGGGCUGACGUGCGGCGUGUGCGGCAAGCGGCCCGACGUGUACGGCGCCAGCGACUGCUGCAACAAGGGCUCCGGCUCCUCCUGCCUGCUGUGCGGCAUGUGCGCCAUGUUCCUGGUGGGCGGCUGGUGCGCGGCGGUGCUGGCGGCGUACUUCCUGCUCGGCACCGCGGCCCAGCGCGCCGUCUGCGACCCGCUCACCGAGCCGCGCGGCAACCGGCUGUUCGAAGACGUGGACCGGUUCGUGGAGCUGGAGAAAGUACUGUUCAACGAGCGCCGCGAGCCCGGCCUCAACCUCAGUACCGUGCUGCAGGCCUGCCACGCCAACCGCACCAUCUACACGACGCUGCAACUACACCGGCUCUACGACCUGGAAGCACUCGUGGCGGACAGCAAGCGGUCGCUGGCGGCACGCACGGCGCUGCUGCGAGUGGCCGCGCCCGCCGCCGCGCCCGUCACCAUCCUCAAGCCCUCCGCCAAGGACAAGCUGCGCCAGCUCGCCGGCACCGGCCUGUCCGACUUCAACUUCGACAAGAUACUGCACGCGCUGGAGACAAACAUGACGUCACUAUCGCUGGAGGGGUUGGCGGCUCAACUGAACAGCACAGCAUUGGCAGUGGAGGAACGCAGCGGCUACAGUCGCGUGGCGCCCGAACUACGCCGCGCCGCCGCCGCGCUCGCCACCCUGCACCGAGGGAUCCUGCUGCCGCUGCUGGCCGACACUGCCGAGCUCAACACGACGGCUAUGAAGCUACGCGACGGGCUGCGUUUCAACCACACGUCGCUGAAGGAGGCCAUCUCCUACCUGCUGUACGAGACCUCGCAGGCUGAGCACUACCUCAACACGCAAGGGCCUGAACUGGUGCAAAAUAUCACUCGUGAGUUCGGCGACGUAGUCUCCACGCUGGUGCAGCAGUACUUGGAGCGACUGCAGGACGCAGCCGAGCACUCGGUGGGGCGCUGCGGGCCGCUGUCCAACGCUUUUAAUGCCACGCGCGACGCUGCCUGCCACAAGAUUCUCAUGCCUUGGAACGGCUACUGGAUGUCUCUGGCGUGGUGCGUGGCGCUGCUGGUGCCGCUGAUGCUGGCGGGCGCGCGCCUGGCGCGCCUCUACACGCACGUCGACCCCUACCCCGGCCCGCUGCACGAGGCCGAGUAUUUGUAUGACGCGUACGCAGACCGCGAUAACGUACCCCUUGCCAACGCCUACAAGGCCGAAAAGCGCGGAGGACGCAGCCGGCCCCACGCGGCGGGGGAGGCGCGCGGCGCGGGGGCGGGGCCGGCGCUGGCCACGCCUCUCGACGCACACGCGCGCAGAUAUAAUGAUAUGGCGCCAAAGCACUGGGAAGAAGGGCCUCCCCGCUACCACGGCCCUACUGAGUACGAGCGACCCCCACCCUACUACUAUCCCGGACCAAAUGAUAGACAGUAAACUAGCGCUCACGGAACUCGACGAAGACCUCCUGAAGUACUGAGCCCCGCGCCUGCCGCGACGCGUCGUGGACCCAGACAGAUGAAACGUGUAACAAUAUGUAAUGUGCAAACUAUUGUACGUGUUAUAUCACAGAUAUAGUAUUUUUCCAUAAUAUUACGAGGCCGUAAGUUGGAUGCGUACGCUCCAAACGAUUUGUGUCAGAGUGAUUACUCAGAUAUAAAAUAGAAUAUGAUACUUACGUAAUGUCCUUCUUCUGUCUAGUUAUAGUUAAUGAAAGUUCAAGACUCGUGUAAUUUUGUAUGAAAGAUACAUUUACAAAUGUUUCGAAUCCACCAUUUCAAGCAAUUGUAAGUGUCGGGUGCGUAGAUCAUAGGUCUGAUGAAUAUGUGAUGGAAUCUUAUUCGUAUGGUGUAUAGGCGUAUUCAAUAUUGUUCACUCAAAUGUAGUAGUUCCAAUAUGUAAAUAAGGUAGGUUAAGUAAGCGCAAGAAACAGUCACAGUAACUGCCAUAUCUCGACUGUCCGAUGUUUACGUUAGUUCGGCCCGUCACUCUUACGGCUCAAGUUGUAUCGGCGGCGUCGGCUGCGUUGGCUUUAAUAUUUUUUUCAGAAUUUAAUACUUUAUAUUCGUUGGAAGCGGGAUACGAUCACCGCACAAGUUUCAAAAUCUGAGAGAUUCGAUAUUAUGUUAGCGUAAUUUUAGGUAAAUUAGGGUUCUGUCAUUUUUCGCGCGCUCUCACUCGACUCUUCCACUUGUACCCCUUGGACUGAGGCGCGUGAAAAUUGACGGAGAGUUAGGGCGGGUGUCCACUGCGGCGUCGCGGCGAUCGCAUUUGUAUCGUCGCCGGUGACGCCGCGGAUAACACGCUUGUUCGGCUACAAUUUCACUAUUGUGUGAUUUCUUGUAUAUGAAACGCCAGAAAUUUCGGCGUUAUUUUACAUAAGAAAAAAAGUAGUCAUGAGUAAGAAUUGAACUGAAUUGUAACUGAAUAAAAUGCUUGUUUCGUGGCGGUAGAGAACGCCACAAUAGUGAAAUUCGGGUUUUUUAAACGACCUGACCAGUCAUUUAAGUUUAGUCCGUGUGCUGCCCACGUGGCCGCCAGGUGGCGCCAGCGGUCAGGUCGCGCCAGUGUGAAUGCCGCCUUAUGCAACUGUCAAAUACUCGAGGCAUUCUCCCUUGCGUCGGUUCGUGCUAGUCGAGCCCCGGCCGACUUUACCUUAGCCUAGAUAAGUACUAGUUUGUGAUUAUAUCCAUUUUAUAUUGUUGACUUGAAUGCGAGGAGUGCAAAUUUUGAUUUAUUUAAUUAUUAUAUGUGUCAUAUUGUAAUCGUUAGUUAGGUAUAUUUUGUACGAUGUAAUGCCAAAUGGAAUGCAACAGUGGCGACGCCACGCGGGCGGCAGGAACACUUCCUACUCACUAACCACUUGUGUGCAUGGUUACUAUUUUCUAAGACAUUUAUUUACCUAUUUCCUUCCUCUCCACGCGUGGGUAUAAGAAGUGACUUCCCAAGAUAACGGUCGAUAGUAGACGCCCUGCUCACAGCUAGAUGGCUUGCAAGAAACAAUAAUACGGCGAUUAUAGUAACUGUGCAUUAACCAAAACAUUGAUCUCGAUUAGUAACAAAUUCCAGCAUUUAUUUUAUUUUCCUGCCGGCUGCUAAUUUACACCAGGGACGGAAAAGUAGUUGCUUUUCAUAUAGGAGAGGUUUAAAGUAACCUUUCCUAUAUGAAAGUAACUAAAUUAAUGUUAAACGAUAUAAAUGUUAAUUCGUCCCCAGUGUCCGGGACCUAUUGAUCUCUCGGUGGCUUUCGUCUUCCUUCGACACGUUCAGUACAAUUCGAUAGAAAUGUAACACCUUUUGUAGUUGCUUCUCUGUAUAUCGUAAUGUAUAACGCUUAAUUCAGCGCCUGAGGCAUGGGGGGGUUGUAACGUCAACGUCAGACUUCGGAUUUAUAUUAAUAAUAUGUCAAUGUCACCCUCAUGUGCCGCUUCCAUACCUCAAGCUCUGAGAAGCGCUAUACAUAUAAUUAGGCUGUCCGUAAUUAUUUCCAUUGGUAGAUAUCUACAGACUGAGGUCACAAAAACAUUAUUCAGCUCUUUCACUCAUGCGUAUCCCAACAAGUGUGCGAUGGAGAUGGAUACAGUAACUUUAAUGGUAGUCUCUUGUGGAUUGUAAUGAGCACUAACAGGGAGAUAUUCUGAUACUUUACACUUCUGCUCACUUUAUAUUAGCGAACCAUUUCUGUACAACUAUGAAUUUAACCUCUGCUCAAUCCGAGAUUUAUAGUUAAUUGUGGUGCUAUACUUGCACCUGUUUAGCAUUUAGUUUGGUUGUACUGUCGAGCGUUUUGUGCCUGUAGACUGAACUUAUCUUUUAUUGUGUGUUAUAACAUAAAAGUUUUCCCGAUAUAAAACUAUGUAAAUUGGA